AUGGCACACCCAGUGGGAGAGGAAGAGGUCGUAGGUGUCACGGUGCUGAAUCUGGCAGGUGUGACUCAAGCAUCCGUCCAGUGCACCAGCUCCAGCACCGUGAGAGCGCUGAAGGUGGCCGUUGCGGAGAAUGGUGGGCCGCCAGUCAUCAUGCAGACUCUCACCUGCGAGGAUGGUCGCUUGAAGGACGAUGAGACUGUUCACUCCUUGGGAUGGAAAGGAGAUGUCACGGUCUACAUGCUCAUUGAGAAGGAACUCAAUCUGGAGAAGAACAUCGAGGCAUUGGAGCCGAAAGGCGACCGCUACUUCAGCCGCUCGCCACAAGGAGGAGCACACGUGGACCUUCCAGAAGCGGAGCUCAGCACCCUUUGCGAGUUGUGCUGUAAGAUCUUUUUGUCAGAGCCGCCGCUCCUGGAGGUGCCGAGCCCUGUCGUGGUGCUGGGCGCCCUCAGCGGCAAUUUGCUUCAGCUCCGGGAGAUCUUUGCCAUGUGUGGCCCUUUAAGCAAAACUCGCUACAUUUGCCUUGGGCACUAUGCUGACAGGGGCGAGUGCGGCAUUGAAACCUUGUCGCUCUUGUUGCACUACAAGUGCAAAUGCCCUGAGAGUUUGAUCAUGCUGCGUGGGAAGCAUGAAUGUGCCAGCAUCAGCCGCAUCUACGGCUUGUACGACGAAUGCCGUCGGAGAUACAAUGUGAAGUUAUGGAAGAGCUUCGUGAGGGUGUUCAACACCAUGCCUUGGGCCUGUGUGGUCCAAAGUCGAAUCCUUUGCGUGCACUCGGGCAUAUCGCUUUCAUUACCCCGCAGCUUCCACUGCAGCUUCAGCCGUCCGCCACGAGGGACCUCAAGUGGUGACGACGGGGACGGAGCCCAGCGACAAGCUCAAAGGCUGGUCGGACGACGUGGUUCGCGAUGGGAACUUGUUCGGACACGAAGCGGUGGAAGGCUUCUUGCAGGAGAACCAGUUGGAGAUGGUGGUGAGGAGCGGCAUAGCGGACCGGGGCUAUGA